AGGAAGGAGGCGUGCUUGUGACCAAGGGGAAUUAAUUAGCGAGGCUGCUGAGAACGAGAAUCGCAAACAUGCUGUCCGAAAGGAUCAAAUACGCCAUGGGCCAUUUGUCCCAUAAACAGCACAUUUCCCUGUUGGCACGGCCCAACUGGAGAAGAGUCCAAAAGAAACACGUGCACAUUUUGCCGCGGCCCUAUAGCAUCCGGCGAUCAGCAUUGAAAGCACGAGCGUCGAAAAGAAUCAAAGUGAUGGCCCAGCCGAAACACAUUACCAAAAAAUACGAUCCAGCGCAAAGGAUAAUGGCGAAAUUGCGUCGAGCGAUCAAACCGGACGAGUGGGAGCACCACAUGGAGGUGUUGGAGAUACUGUCCGCUCCGAAAGUCCCGCCCAAGCCCAGACCCAUUAAGAAGAAGAAAUGGAGGCCGUUUAACGUGCGGAGGUUGGAAGAGUUGGCAACGCCGCCUGCGAGAGAGAUACCUUCGAUCAGGGACCCGUUCAAAGUGCCGAUAACCGCUCUCACCUACAAGAUCAGCAAACGCCUUCUCAAGAUCGCGUUCCCGAAAGCACCGGUGGAGAUCAUGCCACCUCGUAUUCCCGGCAAGGUUUCCCCGGCCGCGCUCAAGGCCGUAGGUACCUACUUCUCCAAUUUUUUCCUUCUCUCCUUCCCUCCCCCCCCCUCCCUCUCCUCUCUUCGCUUCCAACUUGCCACUCAACGCGGACGAAUUUUCGACGGAUCUCGCGUCGCGCGUGUUUACUUAAAACUGUUGGAGUUGGAAAAUGGCCAAGUUUGGAAAAUUCCCUUGUUCGAAAGUUUUCCACGGGAUUUAACCUUUGCCUUUGGGUGGAGGAGAUCGGUUUAAUUCCCUUCUCCUCUUCCCUGUUCGGCGGGAGCCGCGAGAUGGCCAAAGUGUAAUUAAAACGAUGGUUUCAGAAGCGAUUAAACGACGCCUCACCGACCGGGUCGUUUCGCUUUCGAGCGAAGGCCCACUUUCCUCGAAAGGGCGGUGGAAAAUGCGAUUUCUGCAAAACAACAAAAUGUAAAUUUCCUUCGAGAUUUUCUUUUCACGGUUAAGCGCGGCCAACCGCGGGAUAAGCGGUUUGCGGCGCAAGCGUUCCCAAUUAUCCGGCCAUUUUUCGCGUAGCGCCCUCUUACUAACUCUCGUUAGAUUAAUUCUCCCUCUUUCGAGGCUAUUCGUCCGCGUCGAGUGGAAGCAUUAGAGGAGACACACGGGAUGCAUGGUCUUUAAUUUCGCAGCCUCCCCAAGGAUGAUAAUCCUUGCGAAACCGGUUGAACGGCCCGCCGGGAUGGAGACGGACCUAAGGGAAGACGCUUUCACGGUCUCGCCGAUGGCGCUAAAAGCGAGAUGCUCGAGGCGAUUGAAAAUGUUGGCCAGGCCCAAGAGGAGGAGAUGAUCGCUCGCGUUUCACAGCGACCGUGUCUCCUUAAUCCUCGAUUGUGAUUCGUAAAUGCAUAGAUUGCCGUCUUCGUAUUAUAGUCCUC